AGAUAAAAAUGUGGACCAACUCUGCGGGUUGUUUAAAAACUUUCCAUGUUUGUACCGUUGGUGGCGCCACACAGAAAUGCUUUUUGAUUACAUAACACCGUGGAAACAAAAAAACCUACGAGGCCUACAUGAGAAAUCUCGUUUCCAUGACCUCUGUGCUGACUUUCAGUGUUCAUGAAUCGUGGUAUUCGGUCCUGCACUAUAAUGAUCAUGACUAUGGUCGUAUGGACUAACAAUAACAUGACUAGACUAAGUACUGCCUGGACAAUACUGGAGGAAGGAAACAUCCGGCCAAAAUUAAUUUUAUGAGAAGUGAAAUCCUUGAUUAUGAAAACGACAUGAUGAGUGGAGGCAGGCGAUUGGUGGAAGCGUUGCAGAGGAUUAGUUUUGGAGAGUCACAUGGUCUCCAGAUCGAAGGAUUUGAUUGGAUGUUUGACGAUGAAGUGGUGACACCCUUCUUGGAUUGGUUCUGUGAUAAUGUAGGACCCUCCAACCUCCUCUCGGACCGGGAAAUUAGGGAGUUUAAGAUACUGGAAUCGUCUGGUGAGGGAAUCUUAGAGGGAGAUCAGUUGGAGGAUGCACUCAAGAAUGCAUCUGUUCCCGAUGAGACAGAGGAGCUUUCUCCAGAAAUGCUGAGGGAUGGCAUUCUACAGAUGGAAGAAGAGCUUAAAGCAGCGCAGCUGAGGAAAGAACGUCUGUUACAACAGAGAAACAAACUAAGUGUUCAUCAUACCAGGUUAACUCAUAAACUGACUAAGAUGGGUUUGGUUGAAUCAGCUACUAAAAACCACUACAAGAAGAAACUUGAACAGAGCCAGACAGACAAUGUUCAGAUGAACACAGCACUUGAGAGACUAAGCCAGGCUACUAAAGACCUGCUUCAGUUAUAUCACCGCAUUGAUGGCAUGAACUCAGACAGUGAUCCAUCAAACACAUCCCAUGAUGCUGUGUUCCUAUCCCAGCAGCCCUUGGACCACUAUCAUCACACAGAAGAGCGAUUCACCCAAGAAUUAACAGGCUUUACCAAAAAGCAGUUUUUUGAGGGCAUUGCAGAAUUGGUCGGCCAUGAUGAAGGGUCACGCUACCAGAUCCUAGACAUCAGUAACCCCAGCAGUUUAGCUAUCAGAGGAGAGAAGCAACACGUGACCAAUAGCGACUGCAAAGAAUUGGCCAGGCUCCAAGCACUCUACCCAACCAGUCAGAGAAGAUGCAUUAAGGCUCAAGUUGAGGAGGCUCGCUUACUUGCGGCCUGUAACUUCACUGGUGACAAGCUACAGUCACUCACUCAUCAAGGGUACUCAAGUAGCGUAACUGAGCUGAGUGAACGACUUAAAGAGGUGCAAAGCAAAUUCCAGUCCAUCCAGAGGAUAGGGGCAAAGGUUGCAGAGACUGACCUUUAUGACCUGAUCCAAGAGAAUGCAGUGCUACAAGCUACAAGGGUCUUGUACGGAGACUAUAACUUAAAGAUCAUGAGACAAGACUACUUCACUUCCAAACAAGAUCAGCUGAUAGAACAGUUGACCAAUCAGCAAUCUCGUCACAAGUUCCUACUGAUGGCCUAUGAGGUUGAGGCCCACAGGCAUCGUGAGACCCAUCGUCUGCUAACAGCUUCAGAGCAGCUGCUAUCAAGAAAUCUUCAAGCUCGGCAAUCUAGAAUGCGUAUGAUGUCUGACCCAAGUCUAACACCACCAUCUGGUAUUCGCAACACAAUUGAUAGCCGGGAUAUGUUUAUCAACAGACUGCAUAGCAUCAUUGUUGAUGACAAGGAGAAGAACGGUCACCAACAGCUGUUUUUGACAUACAGUAGCCUGCUAGAGGGCGCUAGACAGCUUGGAGAGAGACUGGCUUCAGUUCAAGAGAUGUUAUCAUCUACAAAUAGUAGCCAGGAUUCCCGGCUGGCUGAUUUGGAAUCGACUUUAAAGAGAUGUGAAGACAUGGUGUAUGCUGGCUCAGCCACAGUAGAUGGUCAGCCUGUCUUGAGCCCCCCUGACUUGAUGAAUGGAAUCACCCGGUUAGAUCAAACACUACAGAAACUGGAGCAGACCAUCCGGGAUAUAAUAGGGGAUUACAACAAUAAACUUAAGGUGUUGAAGGGAGACCCCUUGCUUGCCAGGCAGCGUCGCCUAUUUGUUUACUUCCUCACUGAUCCACCCAGACUCCGCCGUACAGUCAGUGAGCUGUCACAGAGAUUGGAAGCCCAACUUGUCCAAUAAAAAAACUGACAUGCAAUUGAAGAGAGGGAAGUCUCAGGCUGCACAAGACAUUUUGCAUUGUUUUCAAAAAUUGGCUGAUCUGAGGGAAAGUUUCGUUCCUGUGAAAGCCAAACAUAGACUAGUCGGCAAAGAUGAAAUACUGUGUAAUAUAGACGCCAUUGCAUGCAUGCCAAAUUAAGUUUGACAAUAGAAUUCAAGGACAGUGUACAAGCCAUCAACCAGUUUCAGCAGAGUAUGAGUGAGCAAUGGAUUCUUGAGCUUGUGUUCAAACAUACAAAAGAAAAGAUGGUGUACAUUUUUGAGAGUUGCAGUUCAGCCAUAUUGCACUUCCUUUAUGGUAGGUGGUAACAGGAAUCAUUCAACAGCAUGCAUGUUUUUGUGACGUGCUCAUAGCAAAAACAGGUCCCAGAAUCGGACCAGACAUCCUUUCUUGGCCAUUUAGAUGUCAGAAACAAUGGUCACACCCACAAAAAGUCAACUCCAGGCAAGAACACAGCAAUUUUUUUGGGGGGGGAGGGCAGAGGAAUUACGAAUUCUUACUUAGAUGGACUACUGCCCACACUGCCGUUCAAGGUUUCCAUCAAUUCUGUCCCUCUGUACUUUAGUCAUUAAAAAAAACUCGGCACAGUAAUAUUAUAUGUCCCUUUGUUAUUUUGACCACACUAUUCAUUUUAUAUUAAACAAAUGAUUCCUUCCUUACUUAAGAUACAAGGGAGCUUAAAACAGCCAUACAAAAUGUUAUUAUUUGUUAACAUGUACAUCUUAGGAUUUUUAUGUAACAAUUAGGACAGUAAGCAUUCCAUUGCUUUUCCCAAACAAUUAAACAUCAUCUUGACAAGUUGAUAAAUCACUGAGUAUUUCAGGAUUGAUCAUAGCUAGGCCUGUGCAACUAGUCCCCAAUACCAAAAGGUACAGUGGUCAAAUCAUAGCUCAAAACUUGUUUCGUUUGACAGUUAUAUAUAGGUGAAAUGAUAUUCAAACAUCAAAUAAUGUAAAUGCUCGUCUUUGUUCCCCAACGUAGAUGCUGCAAAUGUACAGUUCAUUUAUUGUAUUCAUUCUUAGGAACUCUAAAGUACCUCAUAUCUACAAUGCCAGCUUGAAAGCCCUUGUUUGAAAUAGACAUUUGAAACUAAUCAAAAUAUCCAUUUUCUCUUUCAAUGUUCAUGCUGUGAAUAUCUUGACAGGUAUGGCAGACUCCAUGUUAGGCCGAUAAAGGCUAACCAUUCUAUCCAGUAGAACUAUUUCUUAGGCAUUAACCAAAAAUUUCAGUCUGCAAGCAAUGUGCUUAAUGAAAUUAUCCCAUACAAAACAUGGAAGGCCAGAGUCACAUUACAACUUGUAGGAAUCAUGUCGAAAUGUUACACUUCCCACAUCAAAAUGUGUUAACUAAAUACAAACUACAAGCAGAUCAGUGACUUGUGAAUUCCUCUGAGGGUUAAAGAUCAGAAUCUUCAGCAUUCAUUUGCACUUGGUGGACUGUGUAUCUUUACCUUGUAGCAACAAGCAGUGCUGUUCAGAAUUGA